AUAUUAUCCAGGCCUUUCUCAGGGAGGGGGAACUGAAGCAAAGAAAUGGCUUGUCAUCUCCUGGUGACCGACUUCACUCUCCCUCUGAAAAGCCCCAAGCUCUCUUACCUGAGUGAGCAGCAGAAAGGAAGGUCUAAUGGGUCGCAAAAAGUUUCUAGAACAAUUGCUUACUAUGGGCUAAAGACGCCUCCUUAUAACCUUGACGCUUUAGAACCAUAUAUGAGUAAGAAUGCAUUGGAGGUGCAUUGGGGUGUGCAUCAUCGUGGCUUUGUAGAAGACCUGAAUAAACAGCUUGGGAAAAGUGAUUUACUGUAUGGCUAUACUAUGGAUGAACUCAUCAAGGCAACAUACAACAAUGGGAACCCCCUUCCUGAAUUUAACAAUGCAGCAGAGGUGUGGAAUCAUGACUUCUUUUGGGAAUCUAUGCAACCUGGAGGUGGGGACAUGCCCAAACUUGGUUUACUUCAGCAGAUUGAAAAGGAUUUUGGGUCUUUCACAAAUUUCAGAGAGAAGUUUGUAGAAGCAGCUCUUACCCUAUUUGGCUCUGGCUGGGUUUGGCUUGUUUUGAAGAGGCAAGAGAGACAACUUGCAGUAGUCAAAACAUCAAAUUCAAUCAAUCCACUUGUGUGGGACGACAUUCCCAUCCUCAAUUUGGAUAUGUGGGAACAUGCUUAUUAUUUGGAUUACAAGAAUGACAGGGGGAAAUAUGUAAAUGAAUUUAUGAACCAUCUUGUGUCUUGGAAUGCGGCAAUGGUACGCAUGGCACGUGCAGAGGCAUUUGUGAAUUUAGGCGAGCCUAAAAUUCCUAUUGCUUGAAAUGCUUUGAGACCUGAAGCUCUAAGCCUGUGAGUAAAUGGAAUCAGAAAGCUUCUCACUUUGAUGGCAGAAGUUGGCAAUGGUCUGAGGUUUUCAUACCUGUGCUACAUUAUCAAGUUGUUCAAAGCAUGCGAAUUCACAGCAUAGCAUCCCCUGUUCGAACGAAGGGAACAGUGUUGGUUGUGCUGCAACCUCUCCCCAAAUUGCAAAUCCUCUGCUUGUGAUGCUGGUGCUGAUGGCAGUUUGGCGGGGAGGGGGUUGACAAAAGCAUUCAAACUUCUAAGCAAGACGUGUAAAGAAAAGUAAAAAGAAAGAAGAAGGAUAGUAGGCUUUUGACUAUGUGUUGUUGUUGCAAGCCUGUGACUGAUACAUCCUUGCCCAAAAUGUUUAUUCACCUAAAUAAAGGAGAUGGAACAAUAUCAACCCCUGUUUUCAUA